AUGCCGCCAGACGUGCUCUCCAAACCGGAGGACAUUGACACCAAGUCUAUCAUCUCCUUGCAAGAACUAGACCCGUCACCUGUCCAUGAUGCUCUGGAUGUUGAAACCGGCGAAUACCUCCCUAGGGCUGCCUCUCCCACGCAACAUGGAGCUGGAAUUUCAAUGCCCAAACUAGGCCUUAGCGGCCAUCGCUGGGAUUCAUGGCUAACUGGUAUUCAAAAAUACUCAACCUACCCACCUACGGCUUUCUUCAUACUACACCUCGCCAACACCUCUCUUAUCCCACUCGUGACUCGCUCCGUGCCCGCCAGCGAAUCCUUCCUUUUGCUCACACGACCCAUAUACCAAGCCCCCGGGCUAGAGCAUCUUGUCUUGACGAUUCCUAUUAUUUCACAUAUUGCCUCAGGAAUUGCUCUCCGCAACACUCGAGCUGCGCGUAGAGCACGUCUGUACGGCGCCGAGACUCGCGCACAGCGAAACACGUUAUAUUUCUGGCCGCGGAUGUCUUUACAGGCACGCACUGGAUAUUUUGUCACGCCGCUGAUUGUAUUCCACGCAUUCGUUAACCGUGCCACGCCAUUGAUCGUCGAAGGAGGAAGCUCUGGCGUAGGACUUGGAUAUAUUGCCCAUGGCUUUGCUCGGAGUCCUGUGUUCUGGAAUGCAUUCUAUGUCUUCUUCGUGACUGCCAGUGUGUGGCACUUCGUUGGUGGCUGGGCCACCUGGAUGGGCUGGAGAGUGACCACAGCACGCAAGGAGCGUAUCCAAAAAGGCUCGUUGGAUGGUUACCUUGGACUUACAGAAACGAAGUCGAAGAGACAGCGCAAGAUGUGGUGGGUUGUCAAUGGAGUCGCCGCUGCUGGCGCGGCUCUCUGGCUUGCAGGUGCUCUCGGUGUUGUUGGACGUGCCGGCGAAGGCGCGGGUUGGGAGGCUAAGGGAUGGAAUGAGAUGUAUAGUCAGGUCCCGAUCAUUGGGGAGUGGCUGUGA